AUGAAUAGUGUGCAUAAACAAGACCCCCCGCCGCUCACAAUCUUCACGCGCAUCUACUUCUCUACGUCUCAAUUCCCCGAAGUCAGCCCCGACACCCCGUUCGCGUCCGUCGCGAAAGGGCUAGGCAAUCUCAGAGAGUCGAGCGAGGAGAGCCAGAUCUACCAUGCGUUCAAGACGGAGGACGAUAACACGGUCGCGCCAAAGACGAGAUAUUAUGCGGAAGCCGGGAACUCGAUCGAGGAGAUUCUGAACAGUCAGAAGAUAGACACGGUGAUUCUGUUUGGGAUUCGCACUUCCGGAGUUAUUCUAGCUACGGCGCUGAGGCUGUUUGAUUUGGAUUAUAAUAUGUAUAUUAUUUCAAAUAACACCAUCGAGCCUAGUCCCUUGGCGGAGAGCAUCCAGCACUCCAUUCUUUACGAUAUCUUCCCGAAAAUCCCAGUCAGGGUCAUUACCAUUAAGGAAGCACUUGAGGGGUUAUUGGACACGCAAGGACAUGCUGUGGCAGACAUCAUCGCAAUGAUCGAAAUUCUCUCGGAUCCUGCGAACCGCGCUCCGCUUGAGGUGGAGAGGGCGCUUGCAGAAGACUGGUAUCGUCGGUCUCAGAGGGACAACGAGCCCGAGGUUAAUGAGCGGCCCAGCGUUCCAGACACACCACAGCCACCUUUUGUCAUGCCUAACGCCUAUUGCUGGGGGUGGAGAGCGGAGCAAGCGCAACUAUUGCCUGAGCUGCUGUGGCCUGAUGAUGGGCUGACCGAGUUCCCCUUUAUAACAACGUGCCUUCUGCUGGGGCUGUUGCGCGACGAUAGGGAUGGCGAUACCAAUACAACUAACAGCAACAGCGUGCGCCCCGGCGACGUCCAGCUGCAGCCGCUAUCCACUAUAUUUCGUGGCGACUGCAAGGAGUAUGGCCUCGUCAUUCUCGACAUCUCUGACCUCGACAACGGCGUCAAGUACGGCAUUGUUGCCUUUGACGUACACUAUAUGGCUGACGUUUUCUGCCACGGUCCUGAUUUUGACUGGAAUCCCAACAUAGACCCCCCGCCUGAGAAGGAGCCUGAUACUGUACUCCACAGCCUGCGACCUCGAGAGCCGUUGUCUAUUGUUGAGUGGCUACGUGAGAACUACUUCUCCCGGGCAAAGGACCCGAGGAUCUUAAGACUGAAAAAGAUUUCCCUUGUUCAUCGUAGUGUCUUAAACUACAUUUGGCCGCGGGAGCUUGAAAAUCAAGCUAAAAAAUCUCCGCAAGGUGUCAUCUCAAGCAUCUCCGACUGUCUACUUCUGGCCCCCAAAGCCCACUACCCGCGCCAAAUAUAUAUCCCCACCAGGCCCGGGCUGGACCAUCUCGGACGAGCCGCCGGGAAGGAGCACAGGGACCAGGCCAUCGAUAAUCUGCUCAUUCUUACACAGGAUCCCGCCGACCUCCACCUCGACCAAAAUACAAUCGAGAACUUCCAAAAACUCGCCGAGUUCCGCGAGCAGGUGCGGAAGCGGCUCGAAGACGUCCCUGACAGCCUAGGCCCGUCCAAGCUUUCGAGCCAUAUUCUGCGUGUUGCGUACGCCGGGCGCAUGCAUCUCAACUGGGUCGCAUUUAGGAACCUCUCACCCAGCGUGAUCGCUGCCGCCGUUGCAUCCAACGAGCUUCGGGGCGCAUCUGCGCUAAGCCUCUGCGUCGAUAACUUCAAGCUGGAGGGGGACGAAGGAGGGCUCAGCGAUCUAGAAGCGGCCCUGUCGCAGUCCACGGGCCUCAAACAGCUAUGUUUCUUGCAAGGACCGGACAGGGACAGCGACAAUGCCUCCGCUCAUUUCUGGACGCAGCUGCAGCAGCGGUGGAGGUCAUCAGGAGACUUGGGGUGGCUCCGCGACAAAACUAUCUAUCUGACUUGCGCCUUUUCGUCAUCAUUGUACAGCUCUAAAUUAUCAUCGCCUUUGCCGACUACUGUUAGCUUGACUUCCCCCGUCGUCCAAGCCUUUCCCGUGAUGCACAUGUUCACGUUUGUCGAUGACGCAGACCCCCGCUUCCAAAAACACCAGAACAGUUCCAGUUCAAGUUACUACGACGAUAUGAGCAACACCCUUCUAAUCACCGAGCGCUCUGCCUUCCGUUUAUCUAUCAUACCUCCGUUCCGUGGGUUUGGGCUCCGACAAGGCUGUCUUGCGAUUCGCCUACGAGGAGGCCUCCUCGUCACCCACCACUACCACCACCACCACCGACGACGACGACAAUUCACCGCCGCAAUCGUCAUUCUCAGGACGGUUCGCUACCCCGGCAGUUGGGUGAUUCUUGUGGACCAACGAAGCCGCAACUUAAGCGACGGCGACGGCAGCCUCCUACGAUACGCUUUUAUCAGAAUCGGUCGAACUUCUUCCGAGACUGCAUCGGAGAAACAACAACACAGACCCUCCUCCGUCCUCCUUGAGGUGAUAGGCGGGCUAACGGAGUUCUUGCGCGGGGCUGUGCCAGGGAUCAAUCUUUUUAUGUGGGAGAAACGGGUCGAGGAGGUAGAGAAGAACCUCCGCGCGCGGACAUUAACAGAAACGGGCAAACGCUGCAUGGGCAUCGGCGUUAUGGAUGAGAGCAGUACUCUGACAUUACUUGACCAGAUACGCGACACCCGGAUGCUUACGGCGCAGGGGUCGCCGCCAGGAAAAAGCCACAAAAAUACACUACCAAGAAGCUCUCGCCCUCGAGCAGACCAGUUCUGUGUUUACAACAAGGGUCCCGAUGGAAAAGCUCCGGCUUUUAUUAUUGAGUAUAAAGCGCCUCAUAAACUUUCUCUCGCUCAUAUUAAGGCCGGGCUCCAACCUAUGGAUCUUGACGAGGUACUCCGCUUGCAAAAAGAAGAAACGCCUGAAUCCACCUGUCGUCGAACAAUUGCCGCAGUGAUUACACAAGCAUUUUCUUACAUGAUUCACGGGGGGCUAGAAUAUGGCUAUGUGUGUACCAGUGAAGCAUUUAUAUUUCUCCGUGUGCUUGAUAACGACGCUUCUACCAUACACUAUUAUCUUUCAGUGCCAGAAGAGGAUUUUGGGCCAACAACAGGAUGGACAGGGCGUCCAAACAGUGACAACCGACUCCACCUGACUGCGCUGGGCCAGGUAUUAGCGUUCACUCUUCGCGCUCUGCGGGUUCCAACUCGGGAUCUCGCUUGGACGACCUGGGCAGCACGCGGCUUAGACACCUGGGUUAUGGUAUACGACGACCUGCUGGACGAAAUAUCAGAGAAAGAUAUCCCUUCUUCGGAUUUCAAGCCACCGACACGGAGUAGGAACGAAUAUUGUCGAGCAACCCCUGUAAAAACCCGGUCAAAAUCUACUGCUAUUGCAUCAUGUAACUCUUUGCAAAAUCCGAGGCCGCCUGAUGAUGACGCUGGAGAUGGCUUUAAUCCAGAUACGCCUAGUCGACGGCCCCGAGAACUCUCCUUUCCUAACCCUUCGUCAUCCUCAUCAGGGACAGGUGAGGCGUCACAGCGUUUUCACUCGAAAGGCAAGUCUCGACAGUACUGCACACAACUGUGUCUCUUGGUCCUGGUCAAGGGAGGGGAAUUCGAUCGAACUUGUCCUAAUGUGUUGGACCACGGAACCGGUCGACACGAACUAAAUCGAAUAACCCUCAUCCAUCGACUGAGCCGGCAGCUAUCCAACAAUAGUCUCCAUCGUGAUUCGCAGCUGGGAUGCGAAUCGCUGCACAUUCAUGGGACCCGUGGAGCUCUCUUUAAAAUCACUUUGUGGUCUCACGGAUACGUUUUUGUUGGCAAAGGUGUGCCCGCCGAGUUUGUAAAGGGCUCGAAGCACGAGAAGCUCAUCUAUUCACGUCUUUCUCCAAUUCAAGGGACAUCAGUGCCUGUUCUACUUGGCAGCCUACGACUUAGUCGUCCCUUCUCUUAUGACGGCAUAGCGGAAAUUGUUCAUUUAACACUGAUGGGCUACGCCGGAGGGACUCUUGCAAGCCAGCAGGGUCUCGAUCGUUGUGGGAUUGUUAGUCAGGCUGAGAAAUCCUUGCAGGCAAUUCACAAUCUAGGUGUACUCCACAGUGAUCCGAUACCCGGAAACAUGGUUUGGAACCAGAAGUUGGGUCAGGUGAUGUUCAUUGAUUUUGAGCGGGCAUCGCUGCAAACCCGGCGUGUACCACUCGAUCUCACCAAUUGA